AGCAUGCGGCGCAGUCAUAAAAAGGGCUCUUUCAAUAGCCAGGAGCGUACUGUUGGACUUGAGUUGACACACGCAAAUCAGAGUGAGAAGUAGAGCGACCGAUUUUCCGAUUUGCUAAUGGAUCCCGACGCCGUAGCGAAGGCAUUUGUGGACUACUACUACACCACCUUCGACACCAAUCGGGCCGGACUUGCUAGCGUCUACCAGGAAAGCUCUGUACUGUCUUUUGAGGGUCAGAAGUAUCAGGGGACUCAAAGUAUCUCCGGUAAGCUCACCGGUCUACCUUUCCAGCAGUGCAAGCACCAGAUCAACACCGUUGAUUGUCAGCCCUCUGGUGCUGCCGGGGGAAUGCUUGUCUUUGUCAGCGGCAAUCUCAGCCUUCCAGGCGAACAACACGCCCUCAAGUUCAGUCAGAUGUUUCACUUGAUUCCAACACAAGGAGGAAGUUUCUACGUGCAGAAUGACAUAUUUCGCUUGAACUAUGCUUGAAGGGUUCUGCGUUAAAUUAUCUCCUGGUCAUAUUUUCUUGAUUGAUUCGGCAAAGUUAGUACUAUAGCAAGAUAUUGCUUCCAUUUCACAGUCAUUGAGAGACUAUUUUUACCUGUAAUGGUUUAGUGAAUUGAUUGAUGAACUUGGCUUACCUCAGAGUUUAAUGGAAUUGAAUGAGGCCUGUCUUUGCUGCCUGAUGUUAUUUCUUACAA